AUGCGGUCUGUUCUUUCAUUUUUCGCCCUUUGCGGCUCUUUUGCUGUUGCACAGCUAAGCUCGACCAACCUCGAAAGCUACGUCGACGUUGCUUCUCUGUCUGGUUCCGUGAACCCUGUCGUUGAAACUUACUGGACUGGCUACCCUCACCAUCGACGAACACCCUUCGCCCUCUCACCCGACGGCAAGUCAGCGUAUCUAGCUUACCUCGAUGCCUCAAGCGGGUCUGAUGUCAUCGUUCAACCUAUCAACCCCUCGACUUUCGAGGCCACUGGCACAGCCGUCAAGGUUGCAGGAGCCAAGGAGGCUGGUGGCCUUGUAGCCCACGAUGAUGGAUUCGCCCUCCUCACUACCGAGACCAUGCCCACAGGAACAAGUGGUGCUCCCGCCGGUGAGACCCCUGUCGCUGUUCUCUACCGAUACACUGGCGGAACCCAGACAUGGAAGACCUGGCUGGGUGGCCCCGGUGUCGAUGGCUCAGAGAGCCUGGCUACCCCCGAGCUCAACGGUGAUCUCGUCUUCUCCGCCGAGGCUGGAUACUACGCCGCCUAUAUUGUCGUCACUUCUUACUCCGGCAGCGCCUCUGGCCACUUUGGUGAUGCCAUUCGCUAUAUCAACACUUCAGGCAAGCUUGAGACCAUCCAGGGUGCUUCCAGCUCUUGGGGCUGCAGUCACAACACUGGUAUCGCUUUCGAGGCUGCCGACGAACCACCCUUUGCCUCCCUCUGCGCCGAGGAUCAGGGUGCCAUCUGGCUCAACACCAAGACUCAGGGUAUGGGCAACAAUGGUGUCAAGGUAUCCAACGAGCAUGUGAUCAACGGCGGCAGUGGUGAGCCCAUGGGUGGAACUGGCGGAUCCUACAGCAGCAUGGCUCGCUUCCAGAGCUCAAACGCAUACAUCUUCUCCUGGGUCUCCCGUGGUGCCAUCGACCUGACCCUCAACGACUGGAUGGGCGCUGGAUACACCAAGUCUGUGAACCGUACCAGCAACCGCAAUGUCGCCAUCGCCCUGUUCUCUGACAAGAACACCCUCAUCGGUGAGCAGGCCACAUCAGAGGUCGGCGCCGCCGACGGUGACAAGCAGAUCACCUGGGUCACAUCCGGCAACCAGGACCGAUCCAAUGCCCACGCUGCCACCUUCGACAGCAAGCAGGCCCUGGUCACAUGGGAGCAGAUCGACAGCCCCAUCUGCGACUUCGAUGCUAUGGGUUGCCGUGGUCAGUUCUCCGGAACUUACUACCAGCUGGUUGACAGCAGCGGUACCAUUGUCGGCGAGCCUCUCAAGUCUACUGACACCUUCGUCGCUGGCGACAUGGUCACAAUGUCUGAUGGCAGAAUCUGCUGGCCCUACGUCAACAUGGAGUGGCGCCUCGAUGCCGCCGCGCUCUCGCUCCCCAAGUCCACCAGCAGCAAGAUUUCAUUCGCCUGCAUCAACCUGAGCGGUUCUGGCAGCGGCGGAUCAAGCAGCAGCAGUGCCGCUGCUUCUGCCACUGAUGCCGCAAGCACUUCUCAGGCCAGCUCCGCUGCUGCUGCACCUACUACCAGCCAGGGUGUGGAAUCCGGCGUCAACACUGAUGUUCCCGCCUCCUCGGCUCCCGCUGCCACCUCAGCUGCUUCCUCCGCCGCCCCUGUUCCCACCUCUUCUGCGGCCUCAGCUCCCGUCCCCGCCUCAUCCUCGGCCGCGUCGGCCCCUGCCUCAUCCAGGACCUCUGCCGCCGUUGGCUCCUCUCAGGCUCCAGUUCAGCCUUCGAGCUCAUCUCAAGCCGCUGUCACUGCCCCCUCAUCCACCCCCACCAAGGGAAACUGUGCGAUGAAGACCGUGUGGGAGACCGUGACUGUGACUGGUCCCGCUCCUCCGGGAUAUUAG